UGGGUACGGGAGUGGGGCCUUACAUUCUCGACAGUGAAGCUGAGCGUGAAUGAGAUACCUGCGUAUCAGCCUGCCGCCACAUACUGCUAUUUGAAUUUCUCCUAGGCCGGGUCCAGGAUCUGAGCGAGAGUGUAAAUGAGCAUGUGGACUCAGCCUCCUCAAACCACCUUGCAGGAGGUCACGGAUUCGAGCAGCGACUAACCAAGUUAAGAGCCAUAAUCAGCUAACUAACUCACUUCCGACGCGUAGCAGUUCCACCACCAUACAAAGCAUAGAAUAAUACAGUAUUCUUGGGUCUUGGGUAUCAAGAAAAUCAUCGAAAUGGCUAUCACUGCCCCCGCCCAUAUUGGCUCAUUUGACAGGGAGGUUCAUGCUGGACAUUAUGGAAUUGAUUAGUAAUUUAGCCAAGACACGCUAACUCAAUCAAAUUUGACUUUGUGGGCCCCUUCCGUAACCUAAACCAUAUAAGGUGGAGUAACGACGGAGUUAAAGGGCAUAUUUGAACCUGGAGGUACGUUUUAUGUCGUGUUUGGUGAGAUCGAGGGUGCUACAGUGCUAAUAAACGUGGCCUGAUAACUACAGUGAACAUAGACGAAAGUCUAAAUAACUACUCUAUGUUAGUUAUUUCGAUGGUCAGGGCUUGAUAUUCGGAGGAACUCGCAUAACAUGAAUCCCGCAUCCUACAGAGUACGUCUUUUCUUUUUCACUCAAAGGGGGCAUAUCGCCGACGUCAUCCCAGCAUUCAGCAACCCCUGCCGCGUUCGGGUGAUAAGAGCCUGGAGAAGUAACUGGGAUAACUAACUUCUCUCGUGGCUUCAAGAAAGAAUAAACUCUACGGCAUCGAACCUACUUACUACCCUUCCUCACAUAAUAAUAUCAUUAUAACUUUUUUCUGACCAGACCGAUAAGAAAAACCUAAGUAUGGAAUUUCCAUCACCGUUUUCAACAACAGUCAACGAUGAAUUGGCCAUCACAGUCAACCCAAACCUGGACCUAACGGGGAUUCUAAGUGUUGCUGGCCUACCAGGCGAAACAUCACCAUUAGACCAUCAUCAUCAGUUUUCUCCAGCUAGCGUAGACUGCCAGCUAGAGCGAGAGGCCAGUUUGCUCAUGUUUUAUUUGGACCAUAUUUUCCAAAUUCAAUUUCCAUUUUACCGCCCGAGCCUAAGAGAAGGAGGGAGAACGUGGCUUUUAUCCCUUCUCACAUCCACAAAGCCGGUGUAUUACGCGACGCUAAGUGUAGCUGCACUAUAUUGGAGCAUUACGAUAGAGCAACAUGAUAGCAACAAUAAAGAGCAGAGCCAUACAUUACAUGCCGAAAGUGAUCGUCAUCGUUCAACUGCUCUGGAGGAGUUGCGAGUGUUUAUUGACAAAUCAAAUGCCUAUGGAAUGGCGGAGAAGCUCAAGGCUAGUGUCAGCGCUCUAGCAUGUAUUAUGCAGCUGCUGUUUUUUGAGGUUUGUUUUAUCCUUUCUCUUUUCAUGGCAGCGCAAAAGGAUCCUUUUUCACCUGCUCUGCUUUUUGGUGAUAGUCAGCUACCUAAGCUAAACUGUUUUCGAACUGGUUAGUGCGCAGCCAACCGUAUCGGCCACUGG